GACAUGCAUCGGACAAUGGACAGAACCAACCCUCCUUUCUCCCACAACUGGUUCAACUAUACCCCCGUUGACAAUUGGAAUAGUUGUCUUAGCCAUCCUUCUGUUAGCUUCAAUCAUCAUCAACAUUGUACAGCUCAUACUUCCAGUGAGAAAAAAUAUUCCAGAGUUCGAUAAGUCAAAGAAGAAUGACAAAGGAGAUGAAGUAAAUACACAACAGGAGGGGAAUGAUAACGUGGCCUAUGAGAUGAUUCAAAGCGGAGAUCGAGCAUACACAGCGUUAAAACUUGGUGCUACCCACUCCUUCGUCAUUGCCCAUGAAAACUUGACAUUCUUUACCAGACUCGGUUCGAUUGGACGGGGUGACUUCGGCGUGGUAUGGAAAGGAGACCUCCGCUCAAACCAAAAACAUCUUGAUGUUGCUAUCAGGCAAAUACCAGAUCGCGUGACAAAAUCACUUCACGUACUUCAAGCCAUCAAGGUACUUUACAAGCUAUCGGAUCAACCAAAUAUUGUAAGAUGUCUAGGAUAUUGUAAAGAGCAAGGAAGUAUCCUGUAUGAUUUCAUCUCAGGGGGUACACUACUUACCUAUCUACAGACUUCAGGGGUGCAAUCUCAACCUACGUACAGCAAUCUCAAACCAAACGGUGUUCGUAUUGAUGAGGGUACCCUACUUAACUUGGCUUGGCAGGUUGCUAAAGGGAUGCAUUUCCUUGCUUCUAAGAAGAUCAUCCAUGGAGCUCUCUGCGCUCACAAUGUGUUGCUAGGAGAAAGAAAACAAUGCAAGAUAUCAGACUAUGGACUUUCUUCAUCGUUCUUCGGUGACGUAGCUAAACCUACAAGAUGGAGUUCACCAGAAACCAUGGUAACGGGUGACCAAACAACAGAAGGAGACAUCUGGUCUUUUGGUAUCGUCUUGUGGGAAAUUGUGACACUGGGUGCAAGGCCAUACCCAAAUAAAACAUUCGGCGCGGUUCAGACGGAGGUUGCUAAUGGUUACCAGAUGCCACGCCCUCGUCACUGUGCACAAGAAGUGUACUCGGUUAUGACUGGAUGUUGGGAGAAGGAUCCUACAAAGAGGACCAACUUUGAUCGGAUCCUGAAAGAUUUGGAAAGGAUUCUAGAAAAGACUCAUAGCUACCUGUCACUUAAUGACUUGGAUGAGCAGUUGUAUGCGUCUACCAGUGAUAUGUGAAUUAUACUUACCGCAUCCAUCGUGUAAGAAUAUCAUCAAGAAUGUAUUCCUUACAUAAUUAUAAGUGUGCCUGAUCGUUGACGUACAUUAAUCAUGUAAAAACGCUGGAAAAAAAGCCCGUCACUCUAACAAGCCGUUUACACUUUGAACUUUUUAGAAAUUGUUUCAAAACUAUUGUAAGGAUAAAUAAUGAGAGAUAUAUUGAUAUAUCACAUUUUUGGCUAUUCGAUAGACCUAUACAGUGAUUCAAGGGACCCUUUUCAGACUUUCCCGUCGAUUUUGUUUCCUGACAAGCAACAGAAUAAAGGUAAACACUCCAAUCUCACCUCGACGAAAGAGAAUGAUGCCAACAACGUAAUUUGCAAAAUAGAGAAUGUUUCGGUGUAACAAUGAAUGAAUAUCUCAAUAGGAUUCUCACACGUCUACAAUAUCUAAUUCAGGAAGAGAUGCUUGAUGCUUAUCGUGACCAAAAUAUACUUUACCAAGCUUUGCACUCAAAUUGAUUUAUUAUACAGUUAUUUUACCACUUUUAAGUCAUUUUAAUCAUAUUAGGUUAAUAGCUAUUAAUCUAAUUUUUAACAGCUAUUUGUAAUACAGAAAAAACAUUAAAAAUUAUAACCAAAUGUUCCGAGAAUGUAUUUCUGACAAGUUAAAUUUAAGCACCAUUAUUCACUCACUAUCAAUCUCGCAAAAAGUAACAUUUCCAAUUAUCUAAGGUAAAAUUAAGCUGAUCAUUAAACUCGCUAUUUAAUGUUGUAGUUGGUUAUUGGAAUAAGUUUUUUUAUGUUAAUGAAAAUAAAACACGAUCAAGUUCAAUUGUAAGUAGUUGUAGAGCAUUUCCCAUUCGACAUUUCUUCACAUCAAUCUAUUCCUUACACAGUAAAAACGCUGUUUGAUUUUUUAUACA